GUAGGUAAAUCGAGGAUGCAGUGCUGCGGCAGCUGGAACACAGGGUGCUGCCCGGCGCAUCAUCCCGUUGCUGUCACCUUCGAAAACCUCAGGACGAAGUACUCUGUGAACGAGGACAUUCGCGUCGAGUACACGCUGCACGGACACGUACAGCAAGCCUCGACCCGUGAUUGGCUCGGCAUUUUUCCAAGGGGAUGGUCCAACCUGCAGCAGUAUCUCACCUUCGAAUACGCCCUUGUCGCCCCGAAGACGGCGGCAUCCCCUAAUCGGACGAUACUUUUUCCCCGCAUGUUUCACCAAGAGGCUUCUACAAAUACGGAAUACCAGCUCGUCUACGUCACCAGAGAGAUUCAAGUGCUUGCUGUAAGCCCCUACUUCCGGUUCGUCGGGGACCAGCGGUUGGACUCGACGAAUUACAGUCUGCGCAUUCCUGCCGGUCGACAGCAAGCUUCGUCUAUCGAAGAACAGGAGCCAUUCGUCGAUCGUCUCGCAGUUUCCGGAUGGGGACCACCGCGAAUUGUUCUAUCGGACCAGAGUCUCCUGUCGUUGCGGCCUUCCCGAGGAAUUUCUGGGAACCCGCGUCUCUCCUCAGAGAGUUGCAGAAGUUGCGGAAGGCCACGAGAGCACAUUUGCGGCCUCGCCGCUGGCCGCGCCCGGUUUCUGGCCACUCACAACGCCUCGCUAACUGAACGCGUUCUUCGACUCGAACGCGAUUUGGCCCUUGCUGAAGGCGCGAAAUCUGGUCUAACCGCUCGUCUCCGGUCUUACGAGAAUUUUGUUGCGGAAAUGCUUCGCUCCUUGGCCACGAAUCGUAGGGUUAAGAUCACUGACGCUGCGGGAAAGGAGAUAAUCUUGCAGCAGUUGUCGACUGACAAAAAUCACGACGAACGGAAAUCUGGCAACGAUCAGACCGAGGAAAAAGAAUAUCGUCAGGAAAACCUGGACCCUAAAACGAAUCAGAGCAAUGAUCGGUGCAUCGAGGUCUUGGAUUUUUCGAGGGAUCGAAUUCCGGUCGGUGAAUACUUGACGAAUGAAAAACUGCUUCCGACGAAAGACGAUCGAGGUGACGGAAACACGCAGUGUAUAUCACCUGAGAAGUCACCGGAAGAGAGCAAGGAACAAGUCCAAGAGGAUCAAGACAAUGUCGAUCGGGAAACCUCGAGCAACGAGUUUAAGGAUCAUCGGACGAAAGUUGAAAAUGGCAACGAGUCCUGGGAAGAAACUGCGCCGAAAAUGCAAAUCAAUGAGAUACCUGCGGAUGUCUCGAGCCUGACUUCCGCAAACGGAGUCUCGACUGCUGGCGAGAAGAAUGAGAAGGCGAAAGUCGAGGUUGAUAAUGAGAACAAAACUUUAGAGUCAAAACCUUCGGCGAUUGUUAUUCAGGGCAGCAAUGUGAAGUUUGCUAUCAUUAGAUACCAAUGAUGGAACGAUAGCCUCAAAUUCGAUGCCGCAUAGGAAGGAUCAAAAUCUCAAAGUCUUUGUGUUCUCACUUUUUUAUCAUAUACGAAAACAACUGUUGUACAAAUAUACAUUAACUCAUACACGC